GCUCGGGAUAAACAAGGUUGGAUACGUCGCAGCAGCAGUUGCCUCUUUGCAGCCUUUGGGUCGCUGGUCAGAGAGAUCUGCAGAUCGUGGAUGUGGUUGGGAGCGAACUCCGUGACACUGAGGGACCAGGAGGGGAAAUAGAGGAAGAACAGCAGCAGCAGCAGCUCCCUGGAACCCUCCGGCGUGGGCUCUUUGUCUGUGAAUGGAAGGGGUCGCCUCCCGGAAAGGUAGAAAUUCCCACACCUGAGUAUUUACCCACUGGCUGGUCACGAUGCGUGGGAGCAGCACAAGAACAGGGUAAAACACGCAAAAUGUUGCACUGAGGUCAAGAAAACCAUGAAAAGUGGACAGAAAUUGAGCUGGCCCUGAUGUGGAGAUAUGGCAACAAUUGAAUUCCUUAUAUACAAAUAAAACUGUCUAGAAGUGACACCAUUUCAAUUUCUUGUACUUAUGAAACUACUAUUCCAAAAUGAGCACACCUCUGGGUUCAAUCAAGGAAUGUUCAACUGGAAAUCCCAUUAAUAGCAACCAAGAUCAAGUUGACAAUGAAAUCAUGAGCAACUUAGGUGAUGACAAUGCCAACCAAAUAUACCCAACAAGAAAAACUCAGGAACAGAAUUCAGGCAUUGACAAACCAGGGAAGUUGUCCACAUCACAGCCAGAAGACCUGUCAUUUGUGGAGCACAGUACAUUACUCACCUCUGGUCAGGGUUCUCCUUCUUGUGAUCAGCGAUUAAGUGAUCCAAAGUCACCAUCCCUGGUGGAAAAAGUCAUUAGCAAGCAUUAUAUGACUGAUGAUGCUAAAGACAGCUUGAAAACAUCUAGAACUUAUAAUGGACAAUCUCAGGCACAUUCAAAGGCUGAUGUUUUUGACAAAAGUUUGGUGUAUCCUCUAAGCAGAGAUAGUGACUCUUCCCCUAGUAUGUUUAGUAAUAACACUGGUAAACUAACACACAAUGAACAGGUUAAAGGAAUUUCUUUUCCAAAAUCAGGUAUGGUAUCAACAAAAUCAGAAACCUUUGUUAAAGAUCGUAUUUCACCAACACCAUGUUUGACCUCUCCGCCCAAGUAUUUACACACACCACAUUAUGGAAUUAGGGCAAUCAAUUCAUCAACACCAGUUGACCAUUUUUUUGGAUUCUCUUCCCAUACACAAAGUUGCAGCUCAGAGGAAAAAAAGAUUAUACUUUUUUCCAGGUCACCUACCUCAGAUGUCAAUGUCCCUGAAUUUUCUAUAGGCGAGGGAGCCAAUAAGCCAAGCACACAACACCCCAGUCCCACAGGCACUGACCAUCAUUUAAGAGUUCCUUCUAAACCUCAGGUAAUUUUUAAUAUAACAGAAGCACAAGUAUAUCAGGGUCAAACACAAAAAACUUUAGAUAUUUCAGAUUCAAAUGUAUUACAAUCAAAAACAAUCUGUCGGCACAAACAAGACCAGAGUAUGAUGACUGCUUUUUCAGGUACAAAGACAGUGGGCAAUAUUUCUGAAACCAGAACAUCCCCAUCUUCAAAUCUUUAUGCUCCAUUGGGUAAUGUAGACUUGCCCCAAAGUAAAAAAGUUAUAAACCAAGUAGAUAAGGGUUUUGGUACCAGCACUAAAUUAACUAAUUUCAGUCUAGCAAAUAGGAGGCCAAAUGAAUAUGCAACUGAAGCGCUAACAGAACUCAGCUCCAAGUCUGUGAUACGAAAAACAACAUCGCUUUGCAAUUCCCUGGAUAAUAAAGCACAUCUGAAUAAACACAGAGGGUCACUUGAAAGCUUUCUUUGCCAGGACAGCGACAAUAAUUUUGUCUUAAGCAGCAACAUGGCUUCCAUGAAGGAUAAAACAGCUUUAGUUGAGAGCAAAAAGGCGACUGUUGGGAGAAAACAUCAGUCAGAUGGUUUAAAAGUCAGUAAGAAAGACAGCCAGAAGGAUCUAGCUGAUACCUUUUCAUGUGCUCCCACUUUAUCAGGCCCCGUGGCAGCAGUAAAUAUGAAUGAUCAGUGCAUUGCCUCGACAAGCAGCUCUACAGAUUCUAAUGUUUCUCAUGUUGACAGACUGUCACCUUCUUCAGUUCUGCCUCCAUUUGAUGGUACACAUGUCUUAAACCUUUCCCCCAAAGCUGCUAACAAGACACUUUGUAGCAGUGGAAUUCCAAAACCAAUACUAAUACAUUCCAACCCUUGCCUUGCAAGUAAAGGAGAUUCAGACACCAUUGACAAUGACAAGCCAGAAGAUACAACAGAAACAAAUCUAAUCAUACCUAAACCCAAACAUGUCCGACCUAGGAUUAUUACCUACAUUAGAAGAAACCCUCAAACGAUAGACAGACUUCCAUAUGGUCCAGUGAGCAUGCCUUUUGGUUCUCCUGCUUGCAAUGUUCCAAUGGCAAGAGACCAUGAGGUCUUAGGCAGUGACAUUAAUGCUUCCAAUGUAAUACUAGAUAAAUACAAAGUAGACUUGCAGAAACCAAGAAUAUACACGGCUGGUUUAAUGGUGUCUGGAAUAAGGCCCCCUGGACAUCAUUUUGGGCAGAUAAAUGCAAAAUCAAUGGAGGAGACGGCUGAAAGAACAAGGAAAGAAGAAUUCUCUUCUUCCCCAUUUUCUCACUAUGAAGUUCCUCCCAGUUUCUAUCGAUCCACCGUGAUCUUAAAGCCCCAGCUCGGUUUGGGUGCCGUCACCAGAUUGCCGUCAACAAGGAGCAGAAUCUUGGCCGCAAGUCAACGGUCCUCAACCUGCGCCCUUCCACCUCAAGAACAAGUGGCAUCUUCUGAAAGCCUUAUCAAUACAGAAUCUUCAGAGGAUGUGAAACCAACAUCAAUUUCCAAUGGUGUCAAAUCUAAUCUCCCCAAGCCCUGUCAUUUGGGCCUUCGCUCACCUGGUUAUUCCCGGUUACCCGCUGCUAAACUAGCAGCCUUUGGAUUUGUCAGAAGCUCUAGCGUGUCAUCCCUCUCAAGUAACCAGUCCACUGAAAGUGUCCAUAGCGACCACAGCAGAUCAGCUAAUGCAGGUACAAGCCUUGCAACUGAAGAGCAAUCCACUCCAAAGAGCGUCUUGCCUUCAAGGGAUAUCCCCAAGGGUAGCAGUAGGACUUUACUGCAAGUGUGUAGCAGCACGACAAUUCCCCGCAGGAGUUUACUUCCAGCACCGAAAACAUCCCCAUCACCUGCUGGGUUGAAGAAGGAGACACAGAAAGACCAUGAGAUUAUUAACAGACCAGCUCUGUCAUCACCUAAAAGACAAGCACCAACAGCUAACAAGAUUCAGUCUCCAGGACACCCCAAACUCAGGCCAACUAUCUCCAAGAACGGAUAUGCUGCCAAACCAGAAGUACAGUCUCGAGAAACCGAUCGUCAGGUCAUCCAGAAGCUGAAAGAGAAGUGUGAGGAGCAAACAAAGAAACUCUUAUUGGCCAGAGAAGAACUGAAGAAAGCUAGCUGUGGGUUUGCAGUCUUUACCAUCACUACCCAGUACUUCUGUCAGAAGAAUGAAAAUGGCCUUAUAAAGGAAAAGCAGCUGCUGGUUGAACUUGCAACAAUCAGAGAUGAAGUGGUUUUUAAUAUUACCAGGUGUGAGAAAUUACAAAAGGAGAAAGAGGAGCUGGAAAUGAGAUUUGAUAAUGAGGUGAGGAAGCUGGAACACGAACAAGAGGAAGAGAUCCAGGCACUGAAGGACCGGCUGGAGCUGCAAUACAAUGAGGAAACCGAGCAAUUGCAAAUGGAACAAAAUGUCCGACUUGAACGAGUUACAUCCCUACACCAGGAACAGAUUGAAGACAUGGCUGCCACCCAUGAAGGUACCCUGUCCCAGAUAAAGCAGAACUACUUGGCGGCCAUUCAGGCAAUUAGUGCUGAGCAUGAAAACAGAAUUCACGAACUGAAACAGAACCAUGAGCUUGAAAGGAAAACCCUGGAGGACAAUUGUGAAAAACUGCAAUUGACGCUACAGGAUCAGGUGGACACAUUAACGUUCCAGAAUAAUACGCUACGAGACAGAGCAAAGAGAUUUGAAGAAGCGCUAAUGAGAGACACCAAUGAACAGUUUGAGAUUGCUCUAGCUCCAUACCGCCACAUAGAUGAAGAUUUGAACAGUGUGAAACAAGUGCUGGAGAUGAAGAACCAACUAAUCCAUCAACAGGAGAGAAGGAUAAUGGAAUUGGAAAAACUGGCUGAAAUAAAUGUUCUCCUGGAGGAGAAAGCUCAGGUCCUUCAGCAGCAGAAUGAAGACAUGAAAGCCAGGAUUGAUCAGAAUGUGGUUGUGACCAGGAAAUUGUCUGUUGAAAAUGCCAAUCUACAAGAAAGUGUGGAGAAAGAAAGCAAGGAAAAGAAGAGGUUAAGCCGUACCAAUGAAGAGCUGGUAUGGAAACUUCAAACUACCGAGUCCAUGAGUCCCAUCAAACUGCCUUCUUCUCCCAUUAAUCGCUCUGCUUCAGGCUCGCUUUCUCCCUCUAAAGCCAACAUGUCACCGAGAUGAUACUCGGUCAGUGAAUGAAGAACAGACUUGAAGUGAAGUUCACUUGACAAUGAUGUGUUCUAGAAGCAUCUUCCACCCAAUGCAGCCGUUCCCUGCUGUACCUGCCACUGACUGCAAGAGAGAGUAGAGAACCCCUCCUGCUUUCAGAAGAUGACACCAAGCCAAGGAAACGAAGAACACCACAACAGACAACCACAUCCACGUUUCAGGUUCCAUACAGUCCAAAAUGCUGGGGAUGUAUAUACAAUUGUACAUAUACAAAUAAAAAUAUUAACUCCUUUCUUAUUGGAUAAAUGCUUAUGGUCAGCCAUUUUGGAUUUUUUUUUUAAUUGUUGCCUAUGUAUUUUAUCUAAACAGGACAUAUGCCAUUUUUACUCCUAAUAAGGGACUGUUUAUAAAAAGAUCAAUGAAAGCGCCUUUUCUCUUCAUACCAUAACAAAAAACAAAAAGCAGGAUGACUCACCAGCGAAAUGACCCAUAGGUGGAUCUUCUCUGCCUUUGCAAUAAUCGCCAGCAUGUCAGGCUUUCCUAUUUGUUACAGUGUUAGUAAGACUUUUUGUAUUCAGAGUUGACGUUACACAGAACUUGGGAUUUCCUACAACUUCUUGGCCAAGUCCAACAGUAAGCCGCUACCCUAGGUUCCCUAUUUCUGGUUUAAUGUAUGGUCCAUUUUUACUGUGAACAUGAAUGGAAGUAUAAUUAUAAUUAAAAGAAAAGCAACUUUUCAAACUCA